AUGGCUAAGAAAAAACGAGAUCUAAAAAUACAGAAAAAAAUAAAAUUAAAUGACGCUAGUGUGACAUCACCACCAUACGAUACAAAGUCAUAUGAAUCCAAUACCAAGCUAUCCAUGAAAGAUAAUCACAAUAAAAAGGAACGUAUCGAUUCCGACAUUUGUCUGUGCAAAGCUACAUACCGGCCAAAAACUUGGCAAUCCAUUACUGGGAUUUAUGGUGAUCAAGAAACUACAAAGAUUUGGGAUAGCAAUGAUCAGAAAUCUAUAAAGCUAUACAAACCUUUACAAAAAAAUAAAAAUAAUUAUAUGAAAGAAAAACGACCCGAAAAAGUAAAGAAUUCAAUAUCCCAAUCAAAAUACAAUAAAAACAAAAAGUAUGCAAAAAAAUCAAAAGGCUUAUACCGCAAACAUAAUAAUAGAAUAAAUAGUUUAAAAACACAAGAAAAUCAUAUAAAUGAUAAAUUUGUUAAAGAUAAAACACCUACUAUACUAUUUAAGCUUCCAAGGAAACCAAAACUAAAAGAAGGUACUUUAACGUACCACAAAGGGACAGGAGACUCUUGUGUUGGUGGACCUUGCACGAUAGAUAAUAACUAUAUACCUCAGGAGUUAAAAAACUCUGUUGUCAAAAAACAUGUUGAUAAAGGAAAAACUAAAAAACAAAAUAAAGAUAGGAAAGACGAUAAAAGUAAGAGCAUAAUAGAUCAUGUUGAUCAUGUAUCACCUAUUACACUUGAAAAAAGUAACGAAAAAACAAACAAGGGAAGUUUUUUGAAUAAGAUAAAGAAAAUUACAAGUAUACAUAAACAAUCAAAUAAAUCUGUUGAAAAAUCAAAAGAACCUUUAUUUGUAAUGAAAGUGGAUUCAAAAGAAAUGCGUAUUUUAAAUCCCUUAGAAAUAAAUAAGAAUGUUAAGAAGUUUGGAAUAUCUAAAAAGCAUCAGUGUAUUUGCCCUUCUAGAUUAAACAUUUCAAAGAAUGUGUGCGAUAAUGGGAUUUGUAGAAGAGCUUUAACAAACAAUCGUGUUCGGUUCAAUUGUAAAUGUGCGAAAAAUAAUAUUAUUGAAUGCAAAGACACAACAUGUGAUUCGAAAAAAAGAUUAAAACUUGAGAAAAAUAAAAAGAAAUCGUCGAAAUAUGUGGAUCAAAACAACCCAUUGUUUCAAAUUAUGCUUGAUCCUAAUAUGUCUAUAUUGAAUUCGUAUGAAGUUCGGGAUAUAUUCAAUAAAGCUGCCAAAGAAGUAUGUCCUACUGGUAUUUGCAGUGUUGCUGCUAAAAAUAGCAGCACAGAAUUAAAUUGUAAAUGUGUAAGUAAAAAGAUUAAAACUGAAGUAACUGAGUGUACGAAUAGAACAUGUCAGCCCGAAAAAAAAUACAAAAUAUCAUACUUCUGUUCACGGAUUUUUAGCAAAAGCGACAAUUUAGGACAUCCUAAAAGAAUUACAACUAAUAGACAUGUCAGAAGACCACCUCUUGAGACUAAUGUAGAGAAAAAGAAAGGAAACCUCACAGUUCAGUCAGACGCAUAUUACAAAAGAGAUGGCGUAUCAAUAAAUGUAUCACGCGAGCGUAAGCGAGCUAGAGACGACCAAAAGGACCUUUGGUGUAAAUGUUUUUGCGAAUGUAGUGAACAAACAGCCAAAAUAAAGAGAAAGAAGAAUCUUCAAUCGGGGAAAAAAGGAGCCAAAAGAAAAAAGUCCAGACAUUCCAAAAACAAGCUUAACAAAUGUUUCUUGAAAAGAAAACUAAGGAGAAAGCAAAUAGAACCGUUAACAUUAAAAGAAUAUCUUGUAAAAUGUUUGCAAAAGAAACGAGUACGGUGCGAAAAAAAAAUUAAAGAAAAAGAAAAAGAAUUUAAAAAUAAUGAAAGAAAACUAAAAAAGCAGCUCUUGAAAGAAAAAAAGGCACGGGAAAAAACAAUGAAGCUCGACGCUCACAACUGGAACUGCUUAACAAAUUUAGUUAAUGGUGUAUUGAAUCUUGUAACUCAGUCAAUUAAAAACAUCUUCUCAGCGAUUUUCUCCAUACUAACAAAUCCGUUUGGAAGCUUUGUAUAUUUUAGACAAAGAGCACUUGAUCCACCUGGAACAAUGCAGAAAUUCGCUACCUGGAUUAAAAUGACAUGGACAAACAAGUCUACGAAAAUAUCCCAAUCAGUAAAAGAAUCUCAUACUAUGAAUAUAAUAGCUGAUCAUUUUGAAGACUCGGUUGUAUACGAUAAAGUAUUUGCUAAUAAAGGAAGAACUACAGAAGAAAGACAGUCCUAUGAGAAAAAAAAAAGAAUAAGAAAACGAAGAAUACGGAAGCGACACGACGAAGCGCUAAGUAACAAAAACAUAAUCUGCAAAUUUCUAGCAUUAAAAAAAAUGGACACCAAAUUAGACAUGUACACAUCAUUUCAGUACAUUGUUUCCACAUACAACAAAAAUUUAAAUAUUCAGGAUAUGCCCGAGGGCACAUUCGAUAUA